UCAUUCAUUCAUUCACGGUUAUUACACUUUUGGCACCGGUGCAUUUUGUUGUCAAGCCUUUAUAGCAUUAAAAGCACAUCCCAUCAUUGUUCAGAUAUACUUAUUCCACACAGGCUAUCAAUAUGCAAAUAAUAUAUACCCUGGCCCCGUUCCACCCGUGUUUGCAAGUUGUUCCGAAGGUAAAUAUUCUCCUCGGCAUGUUUGUACUGACGUAUGAGUCCGGAACGCCCACAUGCCCAUGAACCAUGACCAAUAUCUUAAAUGUUUGGGCUCUAAUUAUGCCUAGUCCUUUUGGGAAGGAAAAACAUGAUAUAAAAGACACCAAAAUAAACAAAACGUAAAAAGGAGAAUCGUGGGAAUGAGUUUUGUUUUGUUUAUUUCUAUACAUUUUUUUUCUUUUUCUUAAACAGCCCGGCCGGGCCCCGGUUUGGAAAUGUGACCCUGACAGCAUUACGUGAACCAUGACCAAUGUCUUAAAUGGUUGGCUCUCUAUACUUGCCAUCAAAGCCAUAAGAACAAUAAAGGGGAACUGCCUCUUUCUCAAUCCAUACAAUUCUUCACAAGUUCGUACGAAGCCGUACAAAGUCUGUCAGACGUGCGUGGUACGACGUUAAGUGUUUCUCAAGACAUUUAAGACACCCUCAAAAUGUAAAGUUGAAAGGUUAUCAAAAGCCCCGCUUGGUUUUGCGGUCUUAAGCUAUAAGCCAAACACACAGCAGGCGGUCUUCCUUCCUGUUUUCACACGUUUCUCGCUACAAAUGUGAUAGAACUAACGCAACUCCCGCGCAGAAGAGCUCGUUCUACGUGCCCGUCACAAUGCGUCUGCUCGUCUUGUUCCUCGCCCUGGCCCUGCCUGCCCUGGCCGCCGCCCACUCCUGGAUCGUCUGUACGGACUACCUGGAGAACAACGGCUGGUACUGGGACGAUGCUAAGUGCAGGGGAUGGCCACGAGCCGCUACAAAGUUUAAUAUUCGUUUCGGGGCGUUUGGAACACAGAAUAAUUACAGGUGGCGACUCGACAACCAUCCUGAGGAAAAGGCUCUGUGUAGGACGAACCGAAAUGACGACAAAUGGUACGAUGCUGACACCCCCAUAGCUGCCUACUACCUGGGGCAGAAGGUCGUCCUUCCUCACCCUGCCAAUAACCAUGUGUCGGAAUCCAAGUGCAGAUCGAGAGGCCAAAUAGACUGGGAGAACCUGAUGUUUGUAGUGGACGGAGACGAGGACCCCUGCUGCAUCAACUCUACCAAACUCAUCCAAAUCAUGGACAUGGGGGUGUCGCCUUAUGGCUGGGAUCAUCCAGACGAGGUACUGUCCACCUACCCCAAACCCGGAUUCCAGAACGUGCCUAGGUUCUGUGAGGAUCCGGAGGACGCCAUGGGGACCUACAACUUUACCGUUCCGAUGGACAUGGCGCCAGGCCGCCACACCUUCGUGUGGAAGUGGAUCCGUGACCCAGCAGUCAACCCCUUCACCACCUGCUGGGAGGCUGACGUGUUCGCUACGAAGGCCGAGAGGGACGCGCACUACCUGGCCACGGGUCGCUCCACCGAAGACGCGUGGGACUUCUACCAGAUCCACAACAUCGUGGACGGUAUGAUCAUGGAUCCGGUGGAUCCAUCUGUCAACGAGAUCAUCACAGGAUGAGGACACAAAACAAAGACACGUGCAGCUAACGGAUCCGUUACCUAUGGUAGCGAAUAAAAGGUUCCCGGUUU